UCUCAGCAUCUGUUUCUCUUCAUUCUGUCUUCAUGCAGGAGUUGGGUGUCAGAUAUUCAUUCACAGUUAGAUCCAAUAUAUCUUAUAGGGGGGUCUCCUUUUAUUAUAUAUAAAGAUAUAUAAGAGCUCACUCUCUACUUACAGGAUUUGUUUGUACUGGAAUCAGUUAUUUGAGUGAGCUCUAAUACAUCUGCUAGGAAAGGAAGCCCCCUUAUAAGAUAUAUUGGAUCAUUCAUCUGACACUCAACUGCUGCAUGAAGAGGGAGUAUAAACUUGAUUAUUUCAGAUGCAGAAUUUUCUUACUUCAGUAUGAGGAAGCUUAUAUUCAAUUUUCAUUUUCGAAGAUAUAAUAAUGUUAGCUUCAACAAAGCACUACAGGACAACAGAGUGGUUUAUCGGAAAAAAAAAACUUGUGAUCACAUACACCAUGGGGCACUCUAUUAAAUGAUAUGGUAAUUAUUCAAAUACUUUCCUUGUCCUUUAAUAACAAUUCAUAACUGUAAUGGGAAUGCAUAUAAAUCCUAUUAAUUCACUUAGUAGCAGAUGUGUGUUGGAUUAGGAAUAGAGCUGCCAGUCCAACCUGCUGAUAAAUACAGUUGAGAUUUCUUCUGCAAUGACACCAUAAAGCACCAGGAUGGCUGCAAUCAAUGAAAGUCACAAUGAAUCCAUAUCUUGGCUUCACAGUGAAGAUGUGUUUACUGAGGACACUUAUCAUUUUCUGGCUCUAAUAGUUGCCAUGGUUGGAUGCCUUGGGCUCAUUAUUAAUUUGCUUGUAUUGAUACUUUACUGCAAAUUCAAACGACUGCAGACACCUACAAAUCUACUUUUCUUCAAUGCCAGCCUCAGCAACUUCAUGUUUUCUCUUUUGGCAAUUAUUUUCACAUUUCUAUCCUGUAUGAGUGGAAGCUGGGCUUUUAGUGUCACAAUGUGUGUUUUUUGUGGAUUCAGUAAAAAUCUGCUGGGCAUUGUCUCAGUCGUUACACUGACAGUUGUAGCGUAUGAGCGAUAUAUACGAGUUCUAUAUGGCCAAUGUAUUGACUUUUCAUGGGCCAAGAGAGCAGUCUCCUUUGUCUGGGUUUACUCACUAGCCUGGGCUGGAUUCCCAUUGAUUGGAUGGAAUCGUUACACAUUUGAAAGCCAUAAACUAGAUUGUUCUUUGGAAUGGAUGGCUACUGGUCCCAAUGACACAGCUUUUGUGCUACUGUUCUUCCUUGCCUGUAUAACACUGCCUUUAGGUAUCAUGGCUUAUUGCUAUGGCUAUGUUUUAUACCAAAUCCAAAAGCUGCGCAGUGUCCAAAACAUUCAGAACUUCCAAGAAAUCGCAAUUUUGGAUUAUGAAAUUAAGAUGGCCAAAAUGUGUUUGUUAAUGAUGCUGGCAUUUCUUAUUGGCUGGCUGCCUUAUGCUAUACUUUCUCUUCUCGUAGCAAGUGGCUACAGCACGUUCAUCACACCAACACUUACCAUCAUGCCUUCUUUACUUGCCAUGUCACGUGCUGCCUACAAUCCAGUCAUCUACAUAUUUACAAUAAAAAAGUUCCAGCGAUGCCUGAUACAACUGGUAUGCUAUCAUUUCUGGAGAUCACUAAAAAGGCUGAAUGGCAGACUUGCUAUGAAGAAAGUAAAGCCCAUUCUGGGAAAGGGGAUGUCUCACAAUGCUGGAAGGAAGAAGUUUUUUUCCAGUUCAUCUGAUAUUUUCACUAGAACUACCAGUGAUACGGGAACACGUGAGAUAACAGAAAGCCCAAAACGCAGGGGCACUAAUGUCAGGCUGAUACAAGUGCAUCCCCUAUAUCCCUAGAGAGCAUUGGGAUUUAUCUAUGCCUUGAGAUCCAUAAGUGGAACUGGAACUAAAGAGCCACUUCAUUUAAAUGUGUUUUUACAGUGCAUAAAAUACUGCAUUACGUAUAAUAAAUGGAUGUCUUCGAGAAAAAGUAGAAUACUUUGUAAAACUGGAUCUGUGUGUCCACCAUGAAAGUGGAGUAAGCAUGAAUAGCCCAUGGCCUUAUACGUGUACUGAUCAGAUUUAUUGUGUUAAAUGCGAACUAAAUCCUAAAAAGAAUAUGGUUAAAAAUGCAAAAUUUGACCAGCCUAAAGUUUCAGCUUGUCAAUAGCAAC